AUGCUGGAUUUUGUCAAAAAAGCGCUGCACUAUCUGCACAAUCUGGAGUGGAGCGAGCGACAGCAGCAGCACUGUGUCUUCUGUCAUCGUGAGGAGCUCCCCGAAGUGGUCUACGUGGAAGAUGGCGUGUUUGCGAUUGAGAACCGGCGGCUGGCUGGCGAGCAACACUGGCUGAUCCUACCAGAAAAGCACGGCUGGCGCGAUAUCGAGAACCUCACGGCCGAGGACCUGCCGCUACUGGAAGCCAUGGAACGCAUGAAGAAGCGUCUGCUUGCGAGCCGAUGCCCCGACCUGUCGCCAUCUACCGUCGUCUCGGGCUUCCAUCGAGGACGGCGGCGGCUGCUGGGCAACAUCUACUAUCCCGACAUCGUGUCAAUACACCACCUGCAUCUGCACGUCAUCGUACGGCCCCGCCGGCUGCUGCGGCUGUUCAAAUAUCCAGCCUGGCUGCCGCUCAUGUGGAAGUCCGACGACCGGGUGAUGCAACACGUCCGCAAGCUGGCCGGGCCCGACAACGGACUAAGCAAGCCAGGACGGUGA